UGAUAAACUUCAGACGCAUGAAAUUUAUGUUCAAUCUCCAAAAAAAAAUAUAUAAACUCCAGCGAGUAGCUCAUCCCAAAUUCCAAUAGUAGUCCAGCUGAAGCGCCAUCUCAUUCCCUCCAAUUUAAAAAAAAAAGUCGGGGGAGCAUUAGGUGGCCCGUUACGUGGAGUGAAGAAGCUAAUCAAUCUAAUGAUUUCGAGGUUCACAGCAGCAAACUGAUGAUUGGGCCUUAUCCGUAGUGGUUGAAUCUUAAGAUAUUCAGAGCUUGGGCUUCACAAUGGCUACAUUGUUUUCACCACUAGUCUCGUUCACAUGUCAGCACUCCAGGUCUCAUCUGGUACUUCCCAUGAGACGGAGGCGGAUGCAGACGCAGGGCAAGAAGACAAUCACCUUCCGAAUUAAUUGCAAUUGCAGGUCUAUCAACUCCACAAUCUCUCAGGAACAAAAGGGAUUAAAGAGUUUCAAUUUAAGAUUUCAUGUGCCAAUUCUUUCUUGUGACAUAGACAACUUAAAAAGAGUGUUUUCUAUAGUUCUGAUUUUACUUCAAACAGCAACCCCAUUUCCUUUGAAUGAUAUCGGAAAAUGGUUUAUUUCCCCUGCAAAUGCGGUGCUUUACUCACCCAAUACAAAGGUUCCUCGAACUGGAGAAGUUGCACUUAGAAGAGCUAUUCCUGCGAAUCCAAUCAUGAAAAGCAUGCAGGACUCUUUGGAGGACAUCUUCUACUUGCUAAGAUUCCCUCAACGAAAACCAUAUGGUACAAUGGAAGGAGAUGUAAAAAAUGCUCUUCAGAUAGCAACGAAGGAGCAAGAACUCAUUGUAGGUUCUAUACCAUUGAAUAUGAAAGAAAAGGGAUUAGAACUAUACAACUACCUUAUUAAUGGCGAGGGAGGACUUCAAUCUCUAGUUGAAUCUAUAAAGGCAAAAGAUCCAGAUAAGGUGUCUAAAAAUCUUUCCUCUUCACUGGAAACAAUUGCGCAGUUGGAACUCUUACAGGUUCCAGAUUUGCCAUAUUUGCUACCUCAACAAUAUCAAGAUUAUCCAAGGUUGACUGGAAGGGCCAUUGUAGAGUUUACAGUGGAGAAGGCUGACAAUUUGAUGUUUUCUAUGUCAACUAAUGGUGGAAAUGGAAAAACAGCUACCAUCAAGGUUGUUCUUGAUGGAUAUUCGGCUCCUCUCACAGCAGGGAACUUUGCAAAACUGGUGAUAGAUGGGGCAUAUGAUGGAGUUAAGUUGAAAUCUACUGAACAAGCAAUACUAUCAGACACUGAACGCAAUGGAGUUGGUUUUAGCUUACCCAUAGAGAUAAUGCCUGCUGGUGGAUUUGAACCCUUCUAUAGGACGACAUUAAAUGUCCAGUUCAAAAUAAGUCGGUCAUUCUCCUGA